AUGGAUUCUCCCGAUGGCGAGUCUCCAAAGCCUCGACAGCUUCCCGACGACCUACCCACCUCGCUUUACGACCGUAGAAGCGUCCCGGUCUUUAACACUGAGACAGAGGUCUAUGAUGCCUGGGCCGGACAAUCACAGUUUCUCACAACACCUAUUCCGGCACAACCGCUGAACUUUAAUCUUUCGCUGGGCGACCCUAGCUAUGGUGACGAUGUUGGCUUGGCCGGCCUGGAGGACAAUGACGAUAAAUUCAUGCAGAUGCUGGCAUCUCAGUCGCGUCUGAAGGGGGGCGAUGGAGGAGGCGAAGAGGCCAUCCUCAAAGACAAAAGCAUAUCUGACGAUGUAAAACGGGAGACACUUCAAAGCAUGUUCACCAUGGCUGCCUCCAAUGGACAGAUAGACCGAGUACAGUCAUUUUUGGACGGACCCGCAAGGUCUUGGAUAGACCUCAAUGCACCAGACGCGGACGGGACGCCUCCCUUAAUAUACGCCAGCUGCUUUGGACACCAAGAGGUAGUUGCAGCACUAUUAGAUGCAGGUGCCAAUGUCAACCAGCAAGACAAAAAUCAAUGGAGCUCUUUGAUGUGGGCUAUGACGAACAGACACAAGGGCAUUGCUAAGUUGCUUCUUGACCACGGCGCAGAUCCGGAUGUGAAAUCAUCCACUGGCCGAACUGCUCACGAUUUCCUCGCACCAAACAGUGAGAUGUCAGAUUAUCUACACGAGAGUGGCUACAGCAUCGGCAAUGCGGGUGUCGCUGAUGAUUUUUAUAACGCCGGGAUCGCUGAAGACAGGUUUGAGGAGGAAUUAGCCGAGAGCGAAAUGAGGAGACGAAUGAUGAUGGAGAGUGCUAUCAAUCUUGAAGUCGAUCUAGGUAAUCUGGGUUUGGACGAAACGCCUGAGCCGCUCGACGAUCCCGACGAAGGAAAUGACUUCGUUUGGGAUCGUUGUCUCAGCGAUCAAAUGUUCGUGUUCCAGGAGACUGAAUUAGACAGAAUUUUGGACAUUGUUAUUACCAACAUGACGCCUCAACGCUCGCCGUCGCAAAAACCUGUCCCAGCCAACAUAAUAUUUUUGAGCGCACGGUAUGCGCACUAUUAUCAGAGCCCAGAACUACUUGAGAGACUUCUCACUACAGCUAUGGACAAGAUCAACGACGUUGUGGAGAAGAAGCAAUGGGACAUGACCAUCUUAGCGUUCUGGAUAUCUAACAGCACAUUAUUAUUGCAUUACCUAAAAAAAGACGUUGGUCUACGAGAAUCGACACUUCCCUUCCAACUCCAGCUUUCCGAUCUUAUCAACGAAAUUUUCAUCCUUAUCAUACGUGAUGCGGAACGAAGGAUGGACAAGGUCCUUGAUGCGUCGAUGCUCGAACACCAACCUAUACCUGGUUUUGAAGAUGUCACAUUUCAGAACGAAUGGAAGAUCUUCAAAUCGAAACCUAAAGUCAAAGCACCUGAGCCGUUCGAGAAGCGAUUCAGACCACCUUCCCCAAAGCGAAGGAUGAAACCUUCGCCACGAAACAUUACCUCUCUGUUGUCCUCUACCCUCUUUGUCUUGGACCUUUACGAUGUGCAUUCAGUUAUCACGGCGCAAAUCCUAUCUCAACUAUUCUACUGGCUCUCAGCGGAGCUGUUCAACAGAAUUAUGUCCAAUCAGAAGUACCUAGCUAGGACGAAGGCGAUGCAGAUACGUAUGAACGUAUCUACAUUAGAGGAUUGGGCACGCACGAACAAUCGACAGCCGGAGCAUUACGAGAAUGGCUCUAUGCAAUGCAGCGGCGAAGCCACAGUCGAUGCAGCAAGACGCCACCUCGAGCCGGUGAUCCAAUUGUUGCAAUGGUUGCAGUGUUUCUCUUCGAUAGGGGAAGAUUUCGAAUCCUUAAUAGGAACAGUGCAACAGCUUAAGCGACUGAGUCCGCAGCAACUCAUUCAUUCGGUGAAAUAUUAUCGUGCGGAAGUGGGAGAGCCGAAAUUACCAAAAAGCGCAAUGAAAUAUCUCAAUACAUUGGAUCGUGAAUUUGCUGAACGGAGGAAACAUAGAAAAUCAAAUAGCAACGUCAGUAACAGUAUUCAGGCCGGGACAGCCAGCUUGGAAGCGCCACCUAUGACUCCAACAAAAAGUUCAGAACAGGUUCAACUUCCCCAUCGAUCGCCGACCACGCCUUCGUCACCUUUGCCGACCACACCGAAGCAGUACGAUGCCGAGGACGAACCGCCACCAAAUUUACUCAUGGAUCCUGCGCUUAUGCUUCCCUUCUCUCUCCCAACUUCAACAGACAUGCUGAUCAGCUAUGGUGCCGGCUUCGGCGGCACUAACAAAGAACGUGAGAGGAAAUAUUUACCUACAGUGCCAGCAGAAUUCCUAGCGAAAUUUGAAACCCCAGGAAACAGCAAGAAUGGUAACAUAGACUAUGACGAAAAGCAAUGGGAUUGA